AAUUUUGCUUGUCACAAAGUCCAUCAACAACAAGAUCAUUAGGGGAGGGUGAGUUGAGUUUUGUGCUCAAUACACAACACCCACAACAAUUGGACUUGUUGCCAAGUUCAAUGAGGAUAAUUGCUAUUAUGCUGCACGGAUUUUCAAUCGCUCCAAAUUAUAUUGUCUUACACAACAAAGUGGGUAUAUUGUUGACAUGAACUCUUUUUCAAGAUGCUCAUCCAUUCCUUCUAACCUAGCCAAUAAAGUUAUAGCAAUGGUUGUGUCCGCGUAUGACAAGAUUUACUAUGUUGCAAGUCCAUGCCACUUUCCAUCAUCAUUUGUGGAGUCUUCCUUCGAGAGGUAUGAUCCUGAUAAGAACAUUUGGGAGCCGCUUCCAUUUUGUAAGGAGUAUUAUGUAUAUACCCGGUUAUGCCGUUUGUCAUGGCGUUAUUUUGUUUUCAUUGGCUAGCUGGAACACAAAUUUCGGUGUCGUUGCUUUUCAUAUAAGUAGAAACCAAUGGAAUCGAGUGGAAGUUGAUACCGCUGUUAAUUAUGCCAUUUUCAUUGGGAGGGCCGUGGUUGUAGGCACGACUAUCUAUGCCUUAUGUGGGAAUUGUGUUAGAGCACUCUCCUUAAGCAUGCAAAAAGGUGAUGAUGGUGGUAUUGCAUAUUCCCUACGACAACUCUUUAUAUUAGAAGACUUGGAGAUUGCGCGUCCGCCAUUGCCAUUUGAGGUGCAUGGCGACGAUUAUUUCGUUCAUUUGGGAAAGCGGGACUUUUGCCAUGUCAAGACUGGCUAUAAUGCAGGUCUCAUGGUUCAAUAUAUUUGUAUCACCACAUUUCAAAUUGUUGUUGGAGAAGCAGGAAGAGAUAUGAUCAAGACCAUACAUUCAACUGUUCAUUCUGUGGAAAUGGAGAGCCCUCAAUGGUUUUAUCUUGUUUCCUGCUUUGCGCGUGAUUGCGGGGAUUAUGAACCCACAGGAGACGAGAGUAAUUGGAUUUUGCAGAAAGAAGCCAAGCAGGAGAAUGGAGAAACAGCUGACAGGCCGCAUGAAAUAGGCAGUUAUGGGCGAGUAGGCACCUUUUAUUAGGAAUUGUGAAAGUAUUUUUCAGGGGAAAUGAUUACUG